AUGCCAAAUCCAUCGGAUCUUCCACUCGAGCUAUUUAGCCAUGUGCUUUACCUAGUACAUGUCCCGGCUGAUCCACAACCACUAUGUCGCCUUGCUCUUGUAUACAGCUCCUGGGUAUACAACGGUGCCCGUCAUUCAUUCAAGCGCCUAUGGCUCUUUCUUCGAACAGUUCUGACGGACUCCUAUAUUGCCUGUCUGGUAAGAACAGUGCACAUAGGGAACUGGGGGUUGAAUCCGUAUACCCUUCUCGAUCGAGAGUCACGUCCGUAUGCUCGUCUUGAAGGAGAGUUUGACUGCCCCCUUGAUCAUACUGACAUGGAGCUUGUGCACCGCGCGAUCACUCAAGCUGGCCUGACUCAUAUUGAGUCAGAUAUGAUAGGUGCCAUCCACCAGGCUGACCGCCGAGCACUCAUGGCGCUUCUUCUCGCAUCUCUACCGAGGCUCGCUGUUAUUCGUGCACAUAUUCCAGUCUCCGAUAAAUAUCUAGCAUCACUUCUUCGACAGUCUCUUGGGAACCAGGACUGCGAGAAUUCAGGAUAUCUGACUCAGCUGCGCGAACUCUAUGUCUUCGCCGAGGUCCCAGUUCCUGACACACAUUUUGAGAUGGAUGACAUGGGAAAUCCCAGUGCUCCUCUACGGCUAGAGGACUUGUGGCCGGUGCUUUUUCUAAAGUCCCUAAGGAAGCUCUCUUUGUACGAACUUGACACGGAGGGGCUAGCCGCGUUGAUCAAGAGGAACAGGCGGCACCGAACCUGCUACGUUAACAGCCUGACUCUCACGACCCAUGUCGAUUCGCGCUGCGAAUCCGGCGAUAUCCAAGCCAUGUUAACUCUGCCAGAUGCGCUCUCAAGUCUCUCAUUAUCUAUGUAUGAACCAGACGGAUGGGAGCGAGAAUCUAUAUCAUUGUUCAAGGUAUCGAAUACGGACAUUUGGAACGCACUACGAAAGCAUCAAACAUGUAUCCAAUAUUUGGAUAUCUUCCGUUCAGGACAACGCCAGAACUGUGAUGUUGACCCAUCCUUGAGCUAUUUUGGGUCCUUGAAUACGUAUAUACAGUUGAAGCAUUUAUGUAUCCAGCUUCCCGUGCUCACAGACGUAGGUGCCCUGGGCAAAACCGAGCAUACCCCACUCACUAUUACAUUACCGGCUUCACUCAAGACCUUUACACUCUACGGGAAAUGUUGCUACUCUUUUCCUCUCGAUAUCGCGAUGUUGAUACAAGAGAUGAUGACGGGGAAGAUGAACUCUUACCCAGUCCUCGAAUCGAUCACCUUAGAGGACAAAUACUUGACACAGGCCGUUCUUGGAAACCCAACUUUACACACUAAGGUGAAGCUUCGAUUCCAGCGCUUGUGUGGUGCAUACUUCAUUGAACCUGACUGUGCAACCCCUCGAGCCGGCCACUGUCUCGCCUCGUGGGGAGAUAUGCCAGAGAUGCGGAUUGACGGAAACCGCCUGUUUUUCGAAGUCAUGAACAGAAUGUUCUACAUACACUGGAGCAGAGAAAAAAGUACUGGCUUUUCCCUUCCAUACUAUGAUGCUGCCGUUCACAUUCUCCCUUUCACAGACCACACAGGGGACGUUACGCGGCUGGGGUAUAUGGUGUUCAGAAACUAUUCUGCUGUCCCACUUCCUCCACUCUUUCCAUUCAUCAUAUACUUUACAAAUAGUCACACACUCCCAGGUUCAAUAGACUUGCGGGGUCUGUACAUCGCGCUCAAGAUGAAAGCAGAUGAAGUCCAUCCUCGAUUAGACAUAUACUUUCUCCCAGGUGCUACGGAAAUGGACUGCCUUGUUCACUACCAGCGCGAGCAGAUUGCGCGAGGGAGCUAUCGUGAUCAGAUUGACGCAUUCGAAGAUUAUACCAGUCGUCAUUCUUCAAAGUUCCAUCUCGCCCCGCAGCCACCGCCACCAGGUCGCUUACCGGGUAUGUCGACAAGCUAUUGUCUCGAAUACGAACAUUAUCAGGGUGCUCUGUUUAUUUGUACCGGGCGGGAUUGGCGAGAUGGGGAGCAAAGCUUGCAGUGCGUGCAGUUUAAUUCGCCGGAUCUGCCGAAGGGAUAUCUCUGGCAUGAAAUCAAUAUAAGUGAUAUGGAAGAUCAAGAUACAGAGCUACCGACCACACAGAACGUCAAGCGCACUCAAGAAGCUUCAAUGACGCAAGAAAAUGUAUCCAACACGAAUGGACUCAACAUAUCAUCCUUCACUCGCAACUCCUGGCCUAUAAAUGAGCAAAGCCCGGCAUUUGAUGCGGAGAGGAUGUCGUACACAGUGGGCGGUCGAAUGGAGGAAGCGUACCGUUGGACCGGACUUGGGGAAGCCCAGGAUGUUUGGAAGAAGGUAUCGAAGCUAGGCUGGUUGAAUUGGUGCUGA